AUGGAGCUCUACAUCCCCCCUCCAAGCGCCUACCUCCCUCGCCUGCCUCCACCUCGGCCCAUCCUCCCAACCGUUCCAGUCGUUCCGGCACCCGACCUCCCCGAUGUCCUGAACGCCCCCGAGGGACCAUACACUCUGGCGAAAGGGACCUUUCCAGAGGUCGAAUUGCCUGGCCCACUCCCAAACGACCUCCCUCGACCGGGUGCGCCAGGUGGUGCGACGCUCUACGGUGCCGGGGGGUUCGGGAUGGCCGGGCCCAGCUUUGUGCCCAUGCCGCAGCUGAGCUCACCCAACAUCUUCGCCGUCAGCUCGGGAAGCACCCUCGUCAACGGCCAGUGGCAGCCUGGACAUCCUUGCCGCCUCGUCUUUGCGGAUGUGUGGUAUCCCGGCCGUGUGGCUGGUAAGGAGAGCAGUUUUGGCGCGCUCGUCCGCCUCGGACUGGGGAAGAAGGCUGCACCGGAUGCCAAUGCUGCCCAGCAGACUGGCCAGGCGCCGCCUCUGUAUGAUGAGGAGUUCUCGGACACGGAGAGCGAGGAGGAUAGCGAUUACCGUCCCCCAACUACACCGGCUGCACGUGAAGGACCAGAGCUACACGCGCAGGCGCCGCGCAAGUUUGGCAAGGACAGGAAGAUCCGGAAAGAGGGAAAGACGCUCAGCGCGUCGCGCGGCGGGAUUAUCACGCGCGUCUCGCCAAACAUGAACCUCGGGAGCAUUAUGGACGACAAGGGCAAGAAUGGGGGCGAGCGGGUUCGCUGGGCCUUUUGGAACAUGGGCCGCCUGUUUGCCUGGGCCGAAGAAGGCGGGGCCACUGAAAACCUCGCUACCGUCGUGUUCCAGCAGCCGCCUACUGCCCAUGCCAUUUCUCAGCUCACGAUCGGGCCAGACAGGCAGGACAUUGUCGUCGGUCUCGAGACGGGCGACCUGAUCUAUCUUGACUUUAUCAACGACCGCACUGAACGGUUCAAUGCUGCGGGCAAGGUGAUCAAGAGUCCCGUCGCGUCAGUCCAUUUCGACCCGCGCGGUGGUGACCGCUUCACCGUUCUGUUUGCAGACAACACGAUCGCGCAGUACCACCUCUUCGCGGAGGAUCCGAGCGAGGCUGCUCUGGGCGUGAUUACGUUGUCGCCACGCCCGUGGACGACAAUGUGGGAGACAGCUGAGGCCGAGGAGGACGUGAAUGCCGUGCAGGACCGUGAGCGGGAAGCCCGCGAAGCCCGUGAGAGGGAGACGAACGGCAUCAGUACGAUGAUGGAGCGGCGGGCGAGUGGGAUUGAGCGCCGCGGCUCGGUCGGGCUCGAGAAACCCCUCGUCGACCGCAGAGCAUACCUUGACCGCCUGGUCGAGUGGAAGAACGACGAGUGGAACGCGCCUCCCGAAGUCGAGCGGCGUCUCGAACCCCCCCGCCAGCCCUGGGCCGGCCGUAACCCCAUAAGCGUCGGCAGAAUCGGUGCAAGCAGCCCUAUAACUGCAAUGGCAUACUCGCCGGACGGGCGGUGGCUGGCCAUAACGACCAAGGACGGUCUUUUGCGCCUGCUCGAAACGGAAGAAGGCCGCGUCACAGACGUGUUUGAGAGUUACUUUGCGGCGCUGACUUGUGUCGCUUGGAGUUCUGACUCUCGAUUUGUGGCGGUUGGGGGACAGGACGACCUCGUGACCAUCUAUUCUGCGCGUGAGUCGCGUCUCGUCGCAAGGUGCCAGGGACACACGGGAUACGUGACGUGUAUAGCGUUUGACCCGACCAUGCGUUCGUCGGGCCGUGGGUACCGGUUCGGGAGUGUUGGCGAGGACGGCAAGCUGUUGCUGUGGGACUUUUCCGCCGCAGCUCUCCGAAAGCCCCGACACCACCACUCAAUCAGUGGCCGAUACGGGGCUGGACCAGGUAGCAGUGCGAGCUUGACACUGUUCAACUUUGCCGGAGCGCAUUACCACGCUGCACCGCCCAAGACUGAGGUCGCGCUCCUCCAGCCCGUGCUGGCUAGGAUUGUCGAGGGUAACCUUAUGACGUCGCUGCAUAUGGGGCCCAAGAGUAUCGCUACGGUCAGCAGGGCUGGCAGCAUCAAGUUCUGGACCCGCCCGCCGCGGGUGCCACGCAAGCGCUCGGACAAGAAGCGCGACCACUAG